ACUUAUUGUCAAAGCAUGGCCCAGGCCCAGCUAGGAAGUUAGGCACAUGCCAUAUAUAAAGGAGCAGCGAGCGCCUCCGGCCGCAACGAGGCAACCACCGUAAACGGUAUUCACAGAAACCGAUCGAAGAAAAGCCAACAAUUUUCGUGGCGUUUCUUCUGCUUGUUUUUUUUUUUUUAAUCCUCCAUUCGCUUCCCCUUCUCCCUUCUCCCUUCUCCCUUCCCCCCUUCCUCUUCCUCAGUUGUGCUGUGUUGCGUUGCACACAUACGUACGUACGCGUACGUACAUAGAGUCAGAGAGGUUAUAGAGGAAUACAGAUACCAGGCGGGGAUUCCUCAUGUAAAAGGUGAAAAAUCCUUUCACGACUGGUUUGCGGAUUUAACCCCAAUCCUCCUGUAGUAGGCUUCUCUUGUUCGAAGUUUGUUUAAUGGGGAUUCAAACAAUGGGGUCUCAAGGCAAUGGUCAACAGCCUCAUUUACAACCAUCCCCACUGACAAGGCAGAGCUCAUGGUAUAACCUCACCCUUAAUGAAGUAAAAAACCAAUUGGGGGACAUGGGGAAACCAGUGGGUAGCAUGAACCUUGAUGAGCUUCUGCAGAAAGUGUGGGCCGCUGAAGCAAAUCAAUCCAUGGAAAUGGACAAUGACAACUCCUCUUCAGCAUCUUCCUUCCAACGUGAGGCUAGUGCAACAUUGGCUCGGGCAUUGAGUGGGAAGACGGUUGAUCAAGUGUGGACAGAGAUUCAACAAGGGCGGAACAAGAGGUAUGGUGAAGGCCCAAAGGGUCAGGAUAGCAAUAUGAAACUUGGGGAAACGACUUUAGAGGACUUCCUUGUACAAGCAGGGCUUUUUGCCCAAGCUUUUGUAGGUCCUACCAUGGGGUUGGAUAUUGUUGAGGCAGUGACCCCUCAAAAUUUUCCACAAAAGAUGGGUUUGUCAUCAUCCCCUUCAACGUGCUCGUUAUCCGAUACAACAGCACCUGGAUGGAAAAGGACUGCCUCAGAUACAUUUGAGAAGACUUUGGACAGGAGGCUUAAGAGAAAAAUCAAGAACAGGGAAUCGGCUGCACGCUCACGAGCUAGAAAACAGGCUUACCAUAACGAGCUAGUGAGCAAAGUCUCACAUCUAGAAGAGGAGAAUAUAAAGCUUAAGAAAGAGAAGGAAUUUGAUAAAAUGUUGCCUCGUGAAUCAUCACCUGAAACAAAAUACCAGCUCCGAAGAACAAGUUCAGCCUCUUUUUGACAUGAUGUCAGAGCUGAAGGUUUGCAGUUUCGAAUUGUUGGGACUAAUAUGCCGGGUGGUUCCUGGGCAGCUGCUUUGGGAUUUCUUAACAAGGCCGCCGAUUGCUUCCACCGAUGCGCUUCCCACCAUUAGAGUUUGGCUUUAUGCAAAUUUAUGACCAACUGAUUUUUAAAUUAUAUGCUGCAGCAAAAAUGCCAUGUUGAUAAAUGUACCGUGUUGAUAAAAUCAGGAAAGAAUGGAGUCCAUAUUAGUUGCAUAUUGGUUCAACAUGAUCUUAUUAGCUUGAUCUCUUUAGCAAUGGGAACUUUAAUAUUAUGAUUGACUAAGUUAUUCUUUGUAAAACUCGGGGGUUAUGUCGUCUUCAUGGUGCGUACAUAUCAGUGAAGUGGGGUUUUUACUAUCAUGAAUUCGUUUUGUGGGUCUAAGUUCAUUAGUUGUUUGAAAUCUGUUUAAACAUGCAAUUGUAGAUCCGAAGAGUUGGAUGCUCAAGACUCAAGCUGGAACGUUUUGCAGAUUGAUUAGAAUGCGCAGUUUGGUGGUGGUUUGAAGAUCACGGUGGCAGCUUGUCUUCAUGGAUUGAAUUCCUGGUUCUACGGUUUUCAUGGUUAAGAUAGAAACUAUGGCACAUUUUUUAGUAUUUAUUUAUUUAUUUAUAAAAAGAAAUAGGCGAUGGCACCGAAGGUUUCCCUGCACAGGUCUGAAACAAGGCAAUUGCAGUUGGGUCAAAUAAUUGCAGUUUUCACUUUCAAAUC